AAUCACAGAUGUUGUAGAUCAAGCUUUUUAAGUUUUCCUGAAACUCUGGGGUUGUUGGUGUGGCCAAAUUUUCCCUGGAUUUGACUGGUAAAUUCAGAAUUCUGAAGCCCAGGCUCACAGUCUACCUUUCACGGAGGCCCAGCCGUGAGAGGACUGAGGAAGGCACGUGGCGGAUCAUGACGGCCGACAAAGAGAAGGAAAGGGAGAAAGAGCGGGACAGAGACAGAGACAGGGAUAGAGACAAAAGAGAGGCUGGGAAGUCCCGCCGACAGGACGUGGACCGGGGCGACCGUGAAAGUGAGAGCUCCAGGCCUCGCCGCAGCUGUACGCUGGAGGGCGGGGCCAAGAACUAUGCAGAGAGCGAACACAGCGAGGACGAAGACAACGACAAUGGCAGCACUGGUGGAGGCAGCGGCACAGCCGAGGAGGCUGGCAAGAAGGGCAAAAAGAAGAUGCCCAAAAAGAAGUCGCGCUACGAACGCACAGAGAAUGGAGAAAUCACAUCCUUCAUUACAGAAGACGAUGUUGUUUACAGACCUGGAGAUUGUGUGUACAUAGAGAGUCGGCGGCCCAAUACUCCGUACUUCAUUUGUAGCAUUCAGGAUUUCAAGCUGAGUAAACGGGACCAUCUGCUGAUGAAUGUGAAAUGGUACUACCGCCAGUCAGAGGUGCCUGACUCCGUGUACCAGCACCUGGUGCAGGAUCGCAACAAUGAGAACGACUCUGGACGUGAGCUGGUCAUCACAGACCCGGUGGUCAGAAGUCGAGAACUCUUCAUCUCAGACUAUGUGGACACUUAUCAUGCUGCUGCUCUCAGGGGGAAAUGCAACAUUUCCCAUUUCUCUGACAUUUUUGCUGCCCGGGAAUUCAAAGCCCGCAUCGACUCCUUUUUCUAUAUCCUCGGAUACAACCCAGAGACCAGGCGAUUAAACAGCACACAAGGGGAAAUCCGAGUGGGGCCGAGUCAUCAGGCCAAGCUCCCGGAGCUGCAGCCUUUUCCCUCCCCUGGUGGCCAGGCCGUGACUGAGAACGAGGAGCUGGUCUGGAUGCCAGGGGUCAACGACUGUGACCUUCUUAUGUACCUCAGAGCUGCAAGGAGCAUGGCUGCCUUUGCAGGGAUGUGUGACGGAGGCUCGACAGAAGAUGGUUGUCUAGCUGCCUCUCGAGAUGACACUACAUUAAACGCACUUAACACUCUUCACGAGAGCAGCUAUGAUGCAGGCAAGGCUCUGCAGCGCCUGGUGAAGAAGCCGGUACCCAAACUAAUAGAGAAGUGCUGGUCUGAGGAUGAAGUGAAGCGCUUCAUUAAAGGGCUGAGACAGUUUGGCAAAAACUUCUUCAGGAUCCGGAAGGAGCUGUUGCCCAACAAAGAGACGGGAGAGCUAAUUACCUUCUACUACUAUUGGAAGAAGACGCCUGAGGCAGCCAGCUGCCGAGCCCAUCGCAGACAUCGCCGCCAACCUGUUUUCCGACGCAUCAAGACACGAACUGCUUCAACUCCUGUUAACACCCCCUCACGGCCGCCCUCGAGCGAGUUCUUGGACCUCAGCUCAGCCAGCGAAGAUGACUUCGACAGUGAAGACAGCGAGCAGGAGCUAAAGGGCUACGCCUGCCGCCACUGUUUCACUACCACCUCCAAGGACUGGCACCACGGGGGGCGGGAGAACAUCUUACUGUGCACCGACUGCCGCAUUCACUUCAAGAAGUACGGCGAACUGCCCCCCAUCGAGAAGCCUGUCGACCCGCCACCAUUUAUGUUCAAACCUGUCAAAGAGGAAGAGGAUGGACUCAGUGGGAAGCAUAGCAUGAGGACCCGACGGAACCGAGGCUCGAUGUCAACGCUACGUAGUGGUCGUAAGAAACAGACAGUCAGUCCUGAUGGCCGAGCCUCACCAACUAACGAGGACUUGCGUUCUAGCGGCCGGACGUCACCCAGCGCAGCCAGUACAGACAGCACCGACAGCAAGACGGACUCCAUGAAGAAGCUAAGCAAGAAGAUUAAAGAGGAAGCUCCUUCUCCAAUGAAGAGUGCCAAACGGCAGAGAGAGAAAGGAGCUUCAGACACAGAGGAGUCUGAGAGGGCCAGCGCCAAAAAGUCAAAGACACAGGAGCUGAGCCGAUCGGCCUCACCUUCAGAAGGUGAGGGAGAGGGUGAAGGUGAGGGUGAGAGCUCUGACGGGCGAAGCAUCAAUGAGGAGCUCAGUAGCGAUCCAAAAGACAUUGACCAGGACAACCGGAGCUCCUCUCCAAGCAUCCCCAGCCCCCGUGACAACGAGAGCGACUCAGACUCCUCUGCCCAGCAGCAACAGCUCCUGCAGAGCCAGCACCCGCCAGUAAUCCAGUGUCAACCAGGCCCAUCAGCUGCCUCCUCAGCACCUGCUCCACCUAUAACCUCAACCUCCUCACUGCCCCCACAAGUCUCCCCUGUAGCUGCCUCCACCUCUCUACCUCCUCAGCCUCUGGCCCAGGCUAGUCCGAAGUCUCUUAUCCAGUCUGGAGCAUCGCUUCACCCUCAGAGGCUACCGUCUCCUCACUCCCCCAUGACUCAGGCCCCGCCUCCUGGCCCCUCAGUUCCACCUCAGUCCUUACCCAGCCCACAUCAUGGGCCCAUUCUCCCCAUGCCGCAUCCACUACAGCCUGGACCCUCACACAUGCAGCACCCUCACGCCAUCGCCCCUCAGGGAUUCCCUGUGGGUCCCCCUCAGGUCCUGCCUCCACCCAGCUCUGUUCAGUCACAGCAGAGGGCCCACACGCCUCCUUCUCAGUCUCAGCCAUCUUCUCAAUGUGGAGGUCAGACUCCCAGAGAGCAACCUUUGCCCCCUGCACCGAUGUCCAUGCCUCACAUCAAGCCUCCACCAACUACACCUAUCCCUCAGAUGCCCAUCCCACAGUCUCACAAACACCCACCUCAUGUUUCAGCACCUCCAUUCCCUCAGAUGCCUUCAAACCUGCCCCCUCCUCCAGCUCUAAAGCCCCUCAGCUCCUUAUCCAACCAUCAUCCACCAUCAGCUCACCCGCCUCCCCUCCAGCUCAUGCCUCAGGGGCAGCAGCUCCAACCUCCACCAGCCCAGCCUCCAGUUCUCACCCAGUCGCAAAGCCUUCCACCUUCAGCCAGCCACCAGCCUUCUGCAGCUCCUCCUCUUCCAUCCUCCACAGCUUCACACCCCAGCGGGCCACCACAGCCAUCGUUCUCACACCCUUACAGUACAGUUCUACCUCCAAGUGGUCCUCUCCCAUCCUCAUCAAACUCUAUGCCCAGCUUACAACCCCCGUCGUCUUCUGCACCACCCUCUUCCAUCUCCAUGCCACUACCUGCCUCAGUCACUUGUGCCACUCCAGGCGCAGCAGUUCCACCUGUGCACAUCAAAGAGGAGCCUGUGGAUGAGUUGGAAGAGCCUGAAAGUCCGCCGCCCCCACAGAGAAGCCCCUCCCCGGAGCCUAGCAUUGUCGAUACGCCCAGCCACGCCAGCCAGGCAGCACGGUUCUACAAGCACCUGGACCGGGGUUACAACUCGUGCGCUCGGACAGAUUUCUACUUCACUCCACUGGCUUCAUCCAAACUGGCCAAAAAGCGAGAGGAAGCUUUGGAGAAAGCCAAGAGGGAAGCAGAACAGAAGGCAAGAGAGGAGAAGGAAAGAGAAAGAGAGAAGGAAAAAGAGCGGGAAAGGGAGCGGGAGCGAGAGAAGGAGUUUGAACGUGCUGCGAAACCCUCCAGUUCCUCUCAUGAGAGCAGAAUGGCUGAACCUCCAAUGGCUGGCCCGGCUCAUAUGCGCCCACCCUUCGACGGCCCCCCCACAACAAUUGCAGCUGUGCCUCCGUAUAUUGGACCCGACACCCCCGCCCUUCGCACACUCAGCGAAUACGCCAGACCCCACGUUAUGUCGCCCACCAAUCGAAACCACCCCUUCUUUGUGUCGUUGAGCCCGGCUGACCCACUGUUGGCCUAUCACAUGCCCAGCCUGUACAACGCCGACCCCGCCAUGCGGGAGCGCGAGCUACGAGAGCGGGAAAUGCGUGAAAGGGAGAUCCGUGAGAGGGAGCUGAGGGAAAGAAUGAAACCUGGAUUUGAAGUCAAACCCCCAGACAUGGACUCGCUCCACCCCUCCACAAACCCCAUGGAGCACUUCGCCCGGCACGGAGCCCUCGCUUUACCUCCAAUGGCCGGGCCUCACCCAUUCGCCACUUUUCACCCGGGUCUGAACCCAUUGGAGCGUGAGCGGCUAGCCCUCCAAGGACCUCAGCUGCGGCCGGAUAUGAGCUACCCAGAGAGGCUGGCUGCAGAGAGACUCCACGCUGAAAGGAUGGCCACGGUGGCCAACGACCCCAUCGCACGUCUACAGAUGUUCAACGUCACGCCGCACCACCACCAGCACUCACACAUCCACUCCCACCUCCACCUUCACCAGCAAGACCCUCUUCACCAAGGUGGUGGUGAAUGUCUCAUUUGUCCUCCAGGUUCUGGGGCCCAUCCGCUGGCAGUAGACCCCCUGGCAGCAGGACCUCACCUGGCCCGCUUCCCUUACCCGCCCGGCGCCAUCCCCAACUCUCUCCUGGCUCAGCCACCGCACGAACACGAGAUGCUGCGCCACCCUGUGUUUGGUGCUCCAUAUCCACGGGACCUGCCAGGAGGUCUUCCACCACAAAUGUCAGCAGCCCACCAGCUUCAGGCCAUGCACGCCCAGUCGGCGGAGCUCCAGCGGCUGGCAAUGGAGCAGCAGUGGCUCCACGGACACCAUCACAUGCACGGAGCGCCGAUGUCUGGAGAUGACUUCUACAGCAGACUCAAGAAGGAAAGUGACAAACAGUUGUAACCAUCGGGGGAGCGAGCAGCCGCCAAGUGCAGGACAGGAAGUUGUCACAAAGCCGUCUAGCAGAGGCUCCUUAUGGACCUUUCAACACAUUCAGUCUUGAAGAAAAAAAAGGCCAAGUGGAUUUUCUAAAAAUUUCACGUUUUGUUUUUGUUCCUGUCAAGGACCUUUUUUUUUUAAACUAUUAUUUUCAAGACAUCGACUUUCUUUGGUAUCGUAGUGACAACAUCCUCAAGACUCCUGCAUGACAAGCUUCCCUGACAUUUUUUUCUGUAGGUGCUAGAACAAGACACUGUGCUUCAAAAAGAAAAAAAAAAAAAAAAGACCUGU